AGAAAAAAACCUUGAUACGGAUUUUAUCCAAUGAAAUCAUCAAAACAAUUCCUCGUGACGAGACAGAACGUAUAAUUGGCCAAUCAACCGUUUUUUCACCAAAAUAGGCGGCUCUCCUCUGACUGACAGCUGCUCUGUCAAAUGAAUCGGAGGCUUUAGGCAGCUCGACCAAUAGGAGUGCCGGAGCGGAGGGGCUGACAUUUCACCGCCUGCCAAUCGCGGAGCGCCGCAGCGUGACGCAUCCACCCAUCAGCUGUUUUUGUUUUGCUGUGUGGAUUUUAGAAGUUAAUAACAUAAUAUCAGCGGUAUCGGGGGAUUAAAGUGAAACAGCUCACUCGGGAGUAGUUAUCGAUCAUCAGGUGUCCUGUCCCGAUUGUCCGCUCGGUGUGUGUGUCAUGUGUGCCAUCUGAGCCAGCCUGCCCGGACAUUCCUCUCCCCUGAAGAGUGUGAGCGUGGCGCUUGGAGUCGGGGAGCAGAGGAGGGGAAGCGGGUUCCGGCGGGGAUCGACCCGAGCCCAGAGGCCUCCGACCUCGACACCGGCGAGAGGAGACGGAUCUCGGCGGUCCGGAUGGAGUCCCAGGACGCACCGGACGCCCUCGAAGCGCAGCGAGGCUUCAUCUGCGCCUCGUUUAACCAGGACACCACGUCUCUGUCGGUGGGCACCAAGACUGGCUACCGGCUCUUCUCGGUCACUGCUGUGGACAAACUGGACUGCAUCCACGAAGGAGUGGAGUGUCCAGACGUGUACAUAGUGGAGCGGCUGUUCUCCAGCAGUCUGGUGGUGGUGGUCAGUCUCUCCAUGCCACGGCGAAUGAACGUCUACCACUUCAAGAAAGGCACAGAGAUUUGUAACUACAGCUACUCCAACAACAUCCUCUCCGUCAGGCUCAACAGACAGCGACUGGUGGUUUGCCUGGAGGAGUCGGUCUACAUCCACAAUAUCAAAGACAUGAAACUACUCAAGACCCUGCUCAACACACCGACAAACCCCUCAGGUCUCUGCGCUCUCUCCGUCAACCACAGUAACUCCUACCUGGCGUACCCCGGCAGCGCCAGCAUCGGGGAGAUCACCGUCUAUGAUGCCAACAACCUGAGCACUCUGACGCUGAUCCAAGCCCAUGACAGUCCCCUGGCAGCCCUCACCUUCAACGCCUCUGGCUCCAAGCUGGCCAGCGCUUCAGAGAAGGGCACUGUCAUCAGAGUGUUCAGCGUUCCUGAAGGACAGAAGCUGUUCGAGUUCCGCAGAGGGAUGAAGAGAUACGUUAGCAUCAGUUCAUUGUCCUUCAGUGCGGACGCCCAGUUCCUGUGUGCCUCCAGUAACACUGAGACGGUCCACAUCUUUAAACUGGAGCAGCACAGCCCCAGUCAAGAGGAGGAGUCUCCUACAUGGUCGGCGUAUGUGGGCAAAAUGUUCACAGCAGCCAGCACCUACCUGCCCUCCCAGGUGUCCGACAUGAUGCAUCAGGACAGAGCCUUCGCCACAGUGCGACUCAACAUGUUCGGCCUGAAGAACAUCUGCGCCCUGGCUACGAUUCAGAAGCUCCCUCGCCUGCUGGUGGCGUCCUCAGACGGCCUCCUCUACAUCUACAAUGUGGAUCCACAGGAUGGAGGCGAGUGUGUCCUGGUCCAAAAACACAAGCUGUUUGACUCCAGCGAGGAGCAGGUGGAACAGAUUGAGGAGGACAAACCGGAGGACGUCCCUCCCCAACCAUCCAGCCAAUCAUACGCUGCGACCGUGGCUCUACCUUCAACCCCGCCCUCCUCCACCACUCUCAUGGGGUACUCUGAGGACGGUGGAGCCCAGAAAGGUGAGGUCAUCCCAGAGCAUGAGUUCGCUGAGGGCCCCGUCUGUCUGGACGACGAGAAUGAGUUCCCUCCGGUCGGCAACCAGACAAACUGACCAAACCCUCCCCCAUUUAAAAAAAAAAACAUCCGAUCCCUGCACAACAAUCAGACUCGCUUGUUUCGAGCAGGGAAAGUGGACGAAAAUAUUCCUGUGUGUGAGACACUGUGGCACCCCCACCCUCCCACAAAAAAACAAGCACCCCUGCUGGCCUAGGGUCAAAUCUUGCCAGAGUGUUACUUCCUGGUGUUUCCGUAUUCUGUGUCCCUCUCACGUUUUUAUAAGGACUAAAAAAAACAAACAAAAUAAACAAACAAAAACAACACACACUAAAAAAACAACUACAUUCAGAACAUCUUAAACACUUAGACAGAUUUAAAGACUAUUUAAAGACCCACUCUUAACUCCCAUAUUAACAGUGUUGAACCUAUUUUUAAGACUUACUGUACAAAGCAAAGAAACCCUGACAACACAGUUACAUUACUGUUGCACAAUAUUAUCAUGGUAGCGACCAGAUGAGCGUGUGGUUGGUCCUGCAGAGUUUUAGCAAGAGGUAUGAAUAUACCAAGAUGGCAGAAGAGACAGCAGAUUGACAACAAUGCUCAAAUGCACAAAAAGAGAGAUGGGAAGACGUCACCUGACAGGUCACUUUAGAAGUAGCCAAAUCUCUUAAGAUUCAUGUCUUGUUUUUGGGAAUCGGCAUCUGACAAGCUAUUACGAGGGCAUUUUUGUCAAUAAGGCGUCAGGAAUUUGGCGUGCUCAUCAGUGGGCAUUAAACGUGUCAAACCUCAGCAGAGAGGAGCAGAAGGAGAACAUGUUGUUCGUGUGAUGCACUAUUUAAAUCAUGACACAUGCAGUAAGUACUACAUGACCUGCACAUGCAGGUGUCAUCACUAAUUCUGGUAGUGUGUAUAUGAGACUAAACGACGGGCAGAGUCAGAACCUGAUGAUGGGCUCUGUGGCAGCAGCUGAAUGUGAAACGCUUGGUGGCGAAGCUGUACAUGACAAAGUUACAGGUCCGUGAAUUUCAGUGGUAUCCUGAAGACCUUUUUAUUGACUGAACGAUGCUGAAUACAGUCUGUUAAUAUGAAAGUCAUUUUUACGUUGAUGUAUUAAAUGUUCUUUUUUUGCAAAAAUGUUUUAAGUAUUACACAUCAAAUGCAUAGACUUACCAAUGCGUAAAUUAUAUAUUGAGGAUUUUUACUGUGUGUAUAAUGUAUAUAUAACAUUUAUAUAUAGUUCUGUUGUAAUAAGUAACAUGGUAAUGCCAUUUGAUUUGCCAAAAGGUGGCGCUGUGAGGACACCCUUACGCUGCAUUGAGCUGUUUGAUACUGGCCAUUUACACCAGAGACUCAUUAAAGCUGAGAAGUUCAACCUCUGCACUGGGUCAUUUAUUAUGAAUCCUGUAUUGAUGUCAUAUCCAACAAAAUAAGAACAAAGCCAAGUUGUGUACAUGCUAAAAGGUGCACUAUAUAGUUUUGGGGGUAAAGAAAUUAAUCAAAAGUGAUUUAUCUUUAUUCACUGAAUUGUUAUGCUUAUACAAAUUUAUUAAACAAACUUUUCAUGACUGAUGAAUAAACAAACUGUCCUUAAAAG